AUGAAGAAUGGAAAAUCUGGUGGAGACGACGGGAUUAGCGCAGAAAUGCUGAAAUAUCUUCCUCCGUCUGGGAUUCGUGAGAUGACAAAGAUCAUCUGUUCAAUAUGGAUAGACGAAAGGAUACCUGAUUCGUGGAGACACGCUAUCAUAAUUCCCCUCCACAAGAAGUUAUCCGUCACGGACCCCAGGAAUUAUCGAGGAAUCUCUUUGCUGCGUGUUAUGUACAAGCUAUUGGAGCGCAUUAUCCUGGACCGACUCAUUAAACAUCGCGAAGAAACAACGCGCGACGAGCAAGCUGGCUUUCGUCCUAGCCGAUCUACGAUUGACCAGGUGUUCAUCGUCAGGAGAGUGAUCGAAAUCUGGCAGCGGUAUUCGAAGCCAAUGCAACUAACGUUUCUGGACAUUGAAGCCGCGUUCGACUCUGACGGCAGAGAGACGGCACCGAGGCCGUCUUCUCAACGCGCUGAGUGCCGAUGGAGUACCAGGAAAGUUCGUUCGCUUGCUUGA